UACUUUUAAAUUGAAUUUUGAAUUCUUUUAAAUACCAUUGCUUUUAAUAUAUCGUUUUAUAGAAUAUUCACCAAAUAUUGCUAAUUUGUAAAAAAAGAAGUUAUUUUCGUAAAGAAAUAACUGUUGUAUCCGUUGAGAAAAUUUCUUGGUAAAGAAGUUUUUAAAAAUUCAAUGAGAUGGCAACACAUUCGUACAAGCGGGAGAAUAAAUCUUGAAUUUGAAACGAUCGAUGCAGUUGCUAUUUUAUCUCAAGAGAGACGACAUUGUCCAGUAAAAGAAGCUUCAUAAUUUUUAUAUUUGCUUGGUGUCAACAAUGUUUAAUUUUUGCUUAGCAAAAGUGAGUUUUGCAAAAUCAUUUUUCAUAAUUUUGGUAUUACAUAUAUUUUAUUUUAUUUACUGCAUUACGAUUAAAUCUAUAUAAUUUUUUGUAUAAGAUUUUAUAAUUUAUGUCGCGUUUUAUAAUAUCUGUUAUAUUCUAUUCGUAUCUGUUUUAACCUAAGCUUAUUAUUUUACUUCUGUAUAAUAACUCUAUACUAAUGUGAUUAAUUUAUAUUAUAGAUUUUCGAUAACAAAAUCAAGUCCACACAUUUAUAUCAACCUCUAUUAAUAGAAGUUGUUCCUAAAAUUCAAAUCAAUACGUCCAAAAGUGACUCAAAAAAAUCAAAAUAAGAAUGUUGGAUCUACUGAUAUUUUCGUGCAUCAUCUUACCGUAUAUGUUAUUCGACGUAAAUUACUUCUUAAGGAUACUUUUUACUAUUAUGUGGGAUCGACUUUUUCAUCGAAGAAGAAAUAUUUUCGAGCAUACGGUACAUUAUGGUAUGUGUUGGACCUCGGACAUUGAUAUAUUCAUGAGACAUAUGAACAACGCAAGGUACCUUCGCGAAUUGGAUUUUGCCCGUUCUUCCUACUACGAUCGUACAGGUAUUUUUCAACAUAUUAAAAGACAGGGUGGUAGUGUAGUACAGGGGGCGACCUCGAUUCGUUAUCGACAACCCAUAACAUUACUGAUGGCUUACAAAGUCACAACCAAGCUGAUCUACUGGGACGACAGGAGUAUCUACAUUGAGCACGAGUUUAUUGAACCUGAUGCUAUGAAACCUAUGCCUACCGAAGAACUUAGACUUUGGGUAGAUUCGAUGGAGGAAUCGUCCAUGAGAUUUAGAAGGAUGAGGGAUAUUAUUGAAGAGACCGAGUUGGAUACUAUUGCCACGGAUCCUUUUCUUCCAAGUUGUUCAUCGUAGCAUACUGUAUUUGUCACUGUAGCAAGUGAUUUUAUCUGGGAUGUGUUUAUUUGGAAUAAGGAUUAGUUUUUCAUUAUUAACAUAGUGCCAUUGAUAAUGUACGAUUAUUCAUAUUUGUUGAACUCAUAAAUAAUCGGCAAUGUGAAAAUUAUAUUCAUUAAAAUAUUUAGUAAAAUCCUUCAUAUGGCAAGAUAUAAAAUGAUGAUGAUACAAAAUUAUCAAAUUAGAAUCUUGAAUAAACAAUUAUC